AUGAUGCUGGAUAACCUGAGAUCCGAUUAUAAUAAUAAACCGAAACUCUGUGCAAUUCCCAACGGCUAUCCUUUAUCACCUCACAGCGGGGCUCCUAGUAGUAUUGAUUUUCCAACGACGCUUUCUCUAACGAUAACACGACAAGAUCAUGCCUAUCAUCUCAAGUCAUCAAACUUCUCCGCCAGUCUCGUUGGCAUGCCUUUCUUCCCUGGCUUUGAAGAUGAUCCCUUCCUUCAUGGUCCAAGAACUAGGUCCCCUAGUCCCGACUUUGAGAUGAUAGAUUUGACCGAUGAGGAAAUUGCAGCUAUUAUAAAUGAGGCCAUUCAAGGGAACAAGGCGGAGAAAAAGACCUCAAAACAAAAGAAAAAGGACAAGACGUUGCCAAAUUUGGAUCAGUCAGAGGCGAAAAAGGAACAAAACGAUGAGAAACCAUCUAUUGUGAGGGAUUCAGAAAGUAAGGAAAAAGAGGUGAAGGUAAAUAGUAAAAAGGAAGAGGACAAGAGGAAGAAAGACUCUGGCAAGGAGGUAAAAGAGGAAAAAAAGAGGCUCUUUGACGAUAGUUAUUCGGAGGCAGCCAAUCUAUACCCUGAGCUCUACGAUGGUACAGUCCCUGACGAACAGGUGGAUUCUUUUACUGACUAUCAAGAAGUUAGUAAGAAAAAAAGGCGAAACAAGAAGGUGUCUAAUUCAUCAUCUGUUAUUAUUCCCAACGAUCGACAAAGCAAAAAGUUAAGCGAAAACCCUCCAAAUCAACGACCUUCAAAGAAAUCGGCUGAGUCGCUGUCACAACAGAAAGCUGUAAAAAAUUCUGACAUGCAAGUUGUUGUUAAUAAGUCGACAAGUUCAAUAAAACCUACUCCUGUGUCUAGAGCGGGACCUCCAGAUUCAGUAAAGCCUAGUCAAUCAUUUUCGAGGAGCACUGCCGUGCCAACAGCGGGGGUUCAAAAGUCUGCAUGGUCUAAACCACUUGUACAUCCACCUGCUCCCUCUACCCAAGCCAAAUCAAAAUCGGUCCCUUGUCAAGGUUAUACUUAUGCUACGCCAGUACAACUGAUACCCAGUGGUAAUGGGUCUUCUAACCCUACAACUGCGCAACCUUCGGCUGACAGUUUGAAAAAGUCUUCAGGUACUACGGGUCCUUCUCACCAAUCCCAAAUGUCUGAGACACCGAAUCUCAAAGGUCAACACCAUGGUUCGAUGGGAUUUGAACCGUUGGAAAUUUAUCCUUCGAAACAACGAAAACUUUCUCAAGUACAUCCUGCCCCACGACAACAAUCCACAACUUCAAAGCCUGUCCAUAAAACGCCUGAGAAUAGUGAACCUGCUUUAAUAAAAUCAUCAAAACCGUCCGGUCAAGUUCAACAAUCUCUUUCCUCAAAGCCUGUUUCUCAAGCCCCUACUUUACCAAAGACGUCAACGCAACAAGCCCACGUUAGUUCAUCCAAAUCUUCGGGAACCGAAGCACAAAAAUCGUUGUCCCUCGGUCAGCCGCAGCCCUCAACUUCAAAGACAGUUCAGCAAACGCCAUCCCCCUCCAAAAUGCCACAGCAUCAAAAACCUACUGUUUCGAAAACAUCAAAAGCACAGGAUUCUGCUCAGGUACAACCUUCAAGCAAUGUUCAUAAGACGUCAGAUUCCUCUCAAACACCAUCACAAAUAACGCCUUCUGUUUCUCAAGCACCGAAUGCAUCAAUUCAAGUUAAACAAGAACCAACAACUGAUCAAGCAUCGGGCUCUCCAAAGAUAGCGCAGCAGCAACGGCAGACACCUAGUGAAGAUAUCGAUCCGUCAGUUGAAUCAUGUUCUCUACCACAGGAAUGCGUUCCUCAUGGGCGUAUUGGUGAUCACAAAUUAAAAAUGAUGAGUGUACCCCAGGAUAUGUCAUCAAGCGGUGAGCUUUCUGAACACCUUCGUGCUUUGGACCAAUUCUUAAUGGAGGAAUGGAAGGCGUUUGUGAGAACCAUGGCUCGUUCUAAAAGGCGGGAAGAAAGUAAAAUGGCAGUUAGGAAUGCAUGA